GUUUUAUUGUGAAGGUUCUGUGUCUCUGUGGCUCUGUAUGUCUGCGGCUCUGCGGCUCUGCGGCUCCCCCUGGCGGUGUCCGUGGCGCAGCGCUGUUCCCGUCCUCCCCGUCCAGACUCGGCUCAGCCAUUUCCCCGCGACGCACCGGCGCAGGACCAGCAGCUGCAGCGGGCUUCGGUGAUCUACACGCCCGGCGGAGGAGCACUGCGCCGCGGCCUCCUCCUCCUCCUCCACGUCCUCGCUCCAGGACCGGCCCCGAGCUCCGUCCGUGUCCGAGCCCCGCGUCCUUCCCCGCUCUCCGUGCCCGUGUUUCCGCAGCGUUUCUCGGGCGAUGUGCGGCGGCGGUGGGGGCGCCCGCUCGGUGGAUGUGUAGCGGAUUUAGCUGCGGCACCGUCGGCUUGGUGUGAUCAGGUCUGAGCGACUCUCCUGAUUGGCCGAUGCUGCUCUGUGGGCGUGUCUGAGUCUCCCGAUUGGCUGGUUUGGCCGUCCGUCAUCAUGCCGCUGUUAAACCUGGCCCCGUCGUGCUCGGAUCCGGACAACUGCUCGUCCCAGAGCGAGCCCAAAGCCUACUGUUACUCGGCGCGCAUCCGGAGCACCGUGCUGCAGGGGCUGCCCUUCGGAGGAGUGCCCACCGUCCUCGCGCUCGACUUCAUGUGCUUCCUGGUGCUGCUGUUCGUGUUUUCCAUCCUGCGUAAAGUUGCCUGGGAUUAUGGACGCCUGGCGCUGGUCACAGACGCAGACAGGCUUCAGAUGAUGAGCUGUGGAGACGAGAAAGAGUACGUUGCGUCGGCGAUGCACUCGGACACUCCGGACCGCUACGAGCGCCUCACCUCCGUCUCCAGCUCCGUCGACUUCGAACAGCGAGACAACGGUUUCUGUUCAUGGUUAACGGCCAUCUUCAGAAUAAAAGACGAGGAGAUCCGUGAGAAGUGCGGUGAGGACGCGGUGCACUAUCUGUCGUUCCAGAGACACAUCAUCGGGCUGCUGGUGGUCGUCGGCGUUCUGUCCGUCGGCAUCGUCCUCCCGGUGAACUUCUCCGGAGAUCUGCUCGAAAACAACGCCUAUAGUUUUGGACGCACCACCAUCGCCAACCUCAAAUCUGGGACGAACCUGCUCUGGCUCCACACGACCUUCGCCUUCAUGUACCUGCUCCUCACCGUCUACAGCAUGAGACGCCACACGUCCAAGAUGCACUACAAGGAGGACGACCUGGUGAAACGCACUUUGUUCAUUAACGGCAUUUCCAAAUACGCCGAGGAGUCCCAGAUCAAGCAGCACUUCGAGCAGGCCUAUGAGAACUGCAUCGUGCUGGAGGCUCGGAUCUGUUAUAACGUGGCCAAACUCAUGUCUCUGAACGCCGAGAGGAAGAAAACCGAACGCAGCAAGAAGUUCUUCACCGACCUGAUGUCCAAAGAGCACGUGCCCACCAUGAUCAACCCCAAACCCUGCGGACACCUCUGCUGCUGCGCCAUCGCCGGCUGUGAGGAGGAGGAGGCGGUGAGUUUCUACACUAAACGUGAGGCGAAGCUGAAGGAGGAAUACAGGAAGGAGAAGGAGAAGGUCCACACCAAACCUCUGGGGAUGGCCUUCGUCACCUUCCAGAACGAGGCCAUGACCGCCAUAAUCCUGAAGGACUUUAACGCCUGUCAGGUGCAGGGCUGCAGGUGCCGACAGGAGCCGCGCUCGUCUCAGUUCAGCGAAGUCCUCCACGUUUACAACUGGAGCGUCACGUACGCGCCCGACCCCCAGAACGUGCGAUGGGAGAACCUGUCGCUGGGCGGGAUCUCGUGGUGGAUCCGGUGCUUCAUCAUCAACGUGAUUCUCUUCCUGCUGCUCUUCUUCCUCACCACUCCGGCCAUCAUCAUCUCCACCAUGGACAAGUUCAACGUCACCAAACCCGUCGAGUACCUCAACAACCCGAUAGUGACUCAGUUCUUCCCCACUCUGCUGCUGUGGGCUUUUUCUGCUCUGCUCCCGACCAUCGUCUACUACUCCGCCUUCUUCGAGGCUCACUGGACCAGAUCUGGAGAAAACCGAACGACGAUGCACAAAUGCUACACCUUCCUCAUCUUCAUGGUUCUGCUGCUGCCGUCUCUGGGGCUCAGCAGUCUGGAUGUGUUUUUCCGUUGGCUGUUUGACAAGAAGUUUCUGGCUGACGCUACAGUUCGAUUCGAGUGCGUGUUCCUGCCGGAUAACGGAGCGUUCUUCGUGAACUACGUGAUCGCCUCUGCGUUCAUCGGAAACGCCAUGGACCUGCUGAGGAUCCCGGGUCUGAUGAUGUACAUGAUCCGUCUGUCUCUGGCCCGAUCCGCCGCCGACCGCCGCAACGUCAAACGACAUCAGGCGUAUGAGUUCCAGUUCGGGGCGGCGUACGCCUGGAUGAUGAACGUCUUCACUGUGGUCAUGGCCUACAGCAUCACCUGCCCCAUCAUCGUGCCCUUCGGUCUGAUGUACAUGCUGCUGAAGCACCUGGUGGACAGGUAUAACAUGUACUACGCGUACCUGCCGUCCAAGUUGGAUAAGAAGAUUCACUCGGGGGCGGUGACGCAGGUGGUGGCCGCGCCCAUCCUCUGCCUCUUCUGGCUGCUCUUCUUCUCCACCGUCAGGACAGGUUUUGAAACCCCGACCUCGAUGUUCACGUUGGUGGUUCUGGUCAUCACCAUCGUCGUGUGUCUGUCCCACGUUUGCUUCGGUCACUUCAAGUACCUCAGCGCUCACAACUACAAGAUCGACACUAAAGAAGCCGACGUGGAGACGGUGGAGAACGGACGACCAGCACGAAGCACCACCUCCCCCACCGCCAAGGCCCCGCCGGGGCAGGCGCAGCAGCAGCAGUCCUACAUCGCGCAGGUCCUGCAGGACCCGAGCUCGGACGAGCCGGGUUCGGGCAGCGGCGAGGACGACCGCGGCUCCUCGCAGGACGACGACAUCAUCAACGCCAACAACUCCAUCAACAGCAUCAACGAGGCGGACUUCCAAUCCGGCGAGGACAGCCUGAUCGCCAACGAAGUGCGCCACUGACAUGAGAGAGGGGAGGGGCCAAGCGGAGAGGAGGAGGAGCCAAGAGGAGACGGAGGGGAGGAGCCUAACGGAGAAGAGGAGGAGGAGGAAGAGGAGCGAAGAGGAGGAGAGGAAAGAAGAGGGGGCGAGGCGGACGGAGGCGAGGGCUCGGACAGCGGGUCCUUACGAGAAGACGCCGCCCUGGGCCUGGAGAUGGCGCUGUUGUCUCCCAAACCUCCCGCUCCUCGAGACGCUCCCGACGAGGACCACAGACCCGAGGACAGAUGACAUGAAACGAUUGUGUUCAAACUUCAAAACUUAUGCAACAAAAAAACUGAAAACGGAAAGAGACGUCCACCAAAGUCCAAAGUCCUCAUUUCACCGGUGAAGCCCCUCCUCGCGAAAGAGUCUGCGGCUGCACGAGACGCCAGGGCGAUGUGCUGAUUAUUGACACUAAAGGAAAUUAAAGCAGGAUUUUGAUCAGUUUUUUUAAACGUGUGUCUCCAGACGUGAGGCAGACGAGUUCAGAUCAAAUACAGCUGAUUCUACGUCCGUGUACCUUUCGUUCUUGUGAAUUUUUGAAAGAACGGAAAACAGUUUGUUGUUUCAUUAUUCCGUUUUUGUGUCAAACAAAAAAACAAAACAAACAGAUUUCAACCUCGAUUUCCAAUAUUUAAUUUAAAGUUUAUUCCAAAUCGGUCAACAGCGAUCAAAAAAUAGUAGGGCUGGGCAAAAAUAGAAAAUAUGAAUCGCGUGAGUUCCUGAGUCACGCCGACAACGACAUAGUGCGAAGAAGAAGUUCAGUAGAAGUCUUGUGGCUUAAAGACGAACAAGACAGGAGGUGGGAGGGUGGGGUCGAGUUCACCGAGACAAACUGGGACGAUGGGAAAAGCUGCUACGAAUUGACUUCUGGGAAAUUAGAGGUGUGGUUGAAGUGAGUUGUGGUUCGCUCAUGAGGAGGAGAGAGCGGUUGAGGAUUAAUAACACUAAAUCGCAUGUUAUUUGCAAAACCAAUUAAUGAAUUCCAGUAGCGUAUAGUGAUUUUUACUGGAAAUGUAAACAAAAGUGCCACAUUUGUUGUACGAACAGUAUUUCUUUACACAGGAGCAGGGCACUAGUUUGUAAAGUUCACGUUUAUUCUUCUUCCUUUGGAGAAUCUCACUCAAAAAAAGAACCAAUUUCAGUGCAGUUUGUCUAUUUCUCAAUUUCUAGAAUCUGACUUUGUGGGGAAGCUGACCAAAGUGGUCAAAGAAAAAAAAAAAGUCCCUUUACCAAAAUAUUUAUUUGUUCCUUCACCGUGGAGUUGUGGGCAAAAUGAAAAAAAUACAUAUUUGGGUCCAGUCAAGUGGUAACGGAGGGAAACAGGGGCAGAUUUUUGACAUUCAAAUGUCUCUUAUUCAGAAACUAGAGGAACUAUUGAAAUAAGUAAAGUAUCAGAAUGUAGGAAAGAGUUACACUCCAACAGGGUCAAGUUAAACCUGUGAGAUUCUUUCAAGUUGUUGACAAAAAAUUAAAAAACUCAUGUCGGUAACAGAGGGAAUGAAAUAUGCAGCACUUUUUGGGCAAUAAAUCCAAACAGUGAUAACUCUUGGUUCU